AGCCUCCAGAGAGAUGCCUCUGUCUCCAGGCAGGAUGAAGGCGCCGGAGGCCGCCGGGCGGAUCCGCAAUUGGCCGGACGAGCGGCCGGAGCUCCACCAGCCGGGACAACUCAGCCCUUUCUCCCGAGCCGCGAAAGCGCGCAGACAAGAGAACAAGGCUGGGCUUGCUGCUACAAAGUUACCACCCACGGCAACCGAACGAGCUUACCGCGCCUGCGCGCCGCGAGGUUUCCUGGGAAACGUAGUCUUCUAUGUUGGGGGCGGGGGCUCGCGGGCGCCUCCGCCCGGCCCUUCCGCCUGCUUCGGCCUACGUCCUCCUGGGACAUGUAGUUUCCUGGGGCUAGAGGAGCUCGGGAGGGUAGGCCGCUGGGCGCCCGGCGAGCCGGCGGGACGGAGGGGGCGGCCAGACUGGUGCGCCGCGGGGCAGGCCCUGGGAAGGGGGGCGGAGCCCGGAGAGAGAUCCCGGCGCCUGGUGGCCACCGCGAGGCCGCAGCGACGAGCGUGGAGAGCGGGUCGGAGCCACGGGAGCCGCGGGUCCUCAGCCAUGUCCUACUGCCGGCAGGAAGGAAAGGACCAGAUUAUAUUUGUGACCAAAGAAGACCAUGAGACGCCCAGCAACGCGGAGCUGGUAGCCGAUGACCCCAACGACCCCUAUGAAGACCAUGGUUUGAUACUGCCCAACGGAGACAUUAAUUGGAACUGCCCGUGUCUUGGGGGAAUGGCCAGUGGUCCCUGUGGAGAACAGUUCAAGUCGGCCUUUUCCUGUUUCCAUUACAGCACGGAGGAAGUCAAGGGUUCAGACUGUGUGGACCAGUUCCGGGCCAUGCAAGAAUGCAUGCAGAAGUACCCAGACCUCUAUCCCCAGGAGGAGGAUGAAGAAGAGAAAGCGAGCGAGGGCGUGGAGGAGGCCACAGCAGAGACCGCAGCAGCGGCCACGGCGGAGACCGCGGCAGCGACCACGGCGGAGACCGCGGCAGCGACCACGGCGGAGACCGCGGCAGCGACCACGGCGGCCGAGGCAGCUCUGACCAAAGAGGAGGGGUCCAGCUAAUGAAGCCGGACGAAGGUGCCCAUCUCCUGCCUUUGCCCCUCUCGGAGAGACAUGAACCUUACGCAAAGUGUCUCUCGGGGGGUCUUCACAGAAAGUCUCUUACCUUUUCAUGUUUUGUGCACUGCAUAUGAAAUAACUUAUUUUGAUGGGCAGGGGCCUCAACCCUGUGAUACAAACACUGGAAAAAGAUUGGAGUUCUGUGUGUGGGUGCUCAUGUGUGUGUGUUUGUGUUUGUGUAUGUGUGUACCAUGUAAACCUCUCAACAGAUGUAGCUGCCGCUGCUUUUAAAUUCUUGUCCAGAGCACCCUGAGUCUCACCACUCUUUGAAAUGACAGAUUAAAGGCUUCUCAGCAGUCCCCAAACCACUAUUCUUCAGCUUCAGACCAAGAGGGGAGGCGUGCUGGAUUCAUUCAUUCUGUUGAGGUCCCUUUUGUGUGUGUUUCAUAGUUCACUUAGGACUUAUGCAAAAAAUAGUAAUAUCAAAGAGAAAGGACCAUUUUCAGAGAUGAUUGAUUUUUAAGGCAGAAUCUCAAAUUUAUAUUGUGUGAAGGUUCUGAUUCGUGAUACAUUUACAUCAGGAAUAGAUAGAUAUUAUAUAUAUAUAUAUAUAUAUACACACACAUAUAUACUGCUGAUAGAUUCUGGGGGGGAAAUGGCUUGGGUGGGAUUUUUUGUUUGUUUUUAAUUUAUACAUUGAGCUCUGGUUUUCACAUGGUUUUGAAAGUGUAGAUGUGCGGGUACAUCAGGCAGCCUCUGACUCUUACAAAACAAAUGCAAAAGCAUGUUUGUCACUGUUCCUUUACUGUUGAGAACACCCCGGUUGAGGACCCCUUUGUUAAUGCCUGUUCCAUCUUUACCAGUUCAUAUAGAAUGCCCUUGGGAAGCGGAGACUGAGCUGUUACCUGGAGUAACAGUCUUAGAGAAAAGAAUGUGACUUCAAGUGCAUAUUAAAAGAAAAAAAUAUUUUUACCUGC